AUUGUUUGAUCUGCAUGAAAUAGUCCAUCACUACAUCACAUAAUAGUAAAAAUAACAAACCUACUUUUUUUUUUAUCUCAAAUCCAUUACGCAACAAAUAAUUGCUGUGAUAAUCAUCGAUAAAAAAAAUCCAUAUCUAUCAUACUGGGCAUACAUAUAGUAUAAUCAGAGCAGGCAAACAGCUACUUUUAGUGCGAUGUAAUCCAGAAGUCAUCUGGAUCAUGCAGAAUUGAACAGACAGCCUGCGGAAAAAAUCCUGGGCUACAACGCUGCAUGUUUGUCGCCAUUCUGUGUUUAUGCGCUCGUUUCUCUCCGUGUUUGCACGGGUCUUCUGUAUGUUGUGCCUAGCGGCGAUGCGUGAGCUCUUUGUGGACAGGCCGGAUAUACAGGGAUGAUCCCAUUACCAGUGGUCGCGGCACAUGCUCAGUUAUGCCUGUAGAAAGGGGAUCUUAGUAGGCUGUGCGUGAGGACUGAGGUCAUUGCAUGAGCUCGGGAAAAUAGUCAGCGUAUCCUCCAUUUUGAGUGGUAUGAAAUAGAGGAAUAGCAUAGUUUAAGCUCUUGCUGCACUAAACAAACUGACAACACAAACGGCAGUCUUCGACAUGGACGACUUGUUCAGUCCAAGAAGGCAGUUGAACAGCACACAGGGCGAGAUCAGAGUGGGACCAAGCCAUCAGGCCAAGCUUCCAGAGCUCCAGCCUCCUCCUGCUUCUGGUGCGGAGACUGUGACUGAGAUUGAAGAGCUUGUAUGGAUGCCUGGAGUCAAUGACUGCGACCUGCUCAUGUACCUAAGAGCAGCCAGGAGCAUGGCAGCCUUUGCCGGGAUGUGUGACGGAGGCUCCACUGAGGAUGGUUGCUUAGCAGCCUCCCGUGAUGAUACAACACUAAAUGCUUUAAAUACGCUUCACGAGAGUCACUAUGAUGCCACGAAAGCCCUCCAGUGUUUGGUUAAGAAACCAGUGCCCAAACUGAUCGAGAAGUGCUGGUCUGAGGAUGAAGUGAAGCGUUUCAUUAAGGGCCUGCGGCAGUACGGCAAGAACUUCUUCAGGAUUCGGAAGGAGCUACUGCCCAACAAAAAAACGGGGGAACUGAUCACAUUCUACUACUACUGGAAGAAGACUCCAGAGGCAGUAGGGUUGCGACCUUAUCGGCAGCACCGCAGGCAAACAGCAUCUCGCAGAGUCAAGACCCGUAACUCUGCAACAAAUACCCCAUCUCGCACCCCAUCCAUGGAGCUUAGCUCGGCCAGUGAGGAUGACCUGGACAGCGAGGACAGUGAGAACAGUCUGAAGGGAAGCUUCUGUCAACACUGCAACUCCACAACAUCCAAGGAUUGGCACCAUGGAGGGAGGGAGAACAUCCUGCUGUGCACUCCCUGCUACACCCACCUCAACAAACACCGGCGGCUCCCCCCCUUGCCAAAACCGGCUGACCCCCCCUUCAUGUUCAAGCCUGUGAAGGAGGAGGAGGAGGAGGAGGAGGAGGAUGGUGGAGGGAGGCAUGGGAUGAAGACGCGCCGCAGCCGAGCACCGAUGUCCUCCUUAAGAAGCGGACGCAAGAGAAUGACGGGAAGCCCUGAUGGAAAGGUGUCUCCUAACGAGGAGCUUCGUAAGAGAAUCAGCCCGGAUGGAAGAACGUCACCCAAUGAGUAUCCCCCAUCUCGGGGCCAAACCCCAUGCAGGGAGAACUCCUCCACUCUGGCAACCCGAACCUCUAACACUGAGAGUAAGAACAACACUCAGAAAGCCACUAAGAAAGGUAAAGUGGAGACACCGCUGACUAAAGGGGCGAAACGUCCAAGAGAAGACGCUACGCAGGACAGAGAUGAGAAUGAGACUAAAGCCAGUAAAAGAUCAAAGACUCAGGAAGGGCCAGACUCUCUGUCGGAAGGUGAGGGUGAAGGUGAGGUUGAGAGCUCAGACAGCCGCAGUGCCCAGGACGAGGGCAGCAGCGAUGCCAAAGACAUUGACCAGGACAACCUCAGCUCCUCGCCCAGCUUACCCAGCCCUCUGCAGGGCAACGAGAGUGACUCCGACACCCCCACUCUCCUGCAGCCUGUGGCGAUGGCAACCACUAACCCAUACAACCCCCCAGGCCCUCUGCCUCCCACCCCUGCCCAGUCUGCUGUCCAGGCCCCGGCCCAGUGCCAGCGCGGACCCUCUCCUGGAGUCCUGGUCCCUCCUUUCCAGCAUCUAUCUCCCCCAACGUGCCCCCCUCGGCCACCAACCUUCUGUGUGCCCAGCCAUGCUGCAGCCCCCGAGCAGCCGCGGGUCUCUCACACCGUCUCUGGCCCCUUCCAUCUGCUGCAAGGGCCUCCAUUCCCUUCACACCAGCACAGCUCUGAGGCCCACCCCAGCCUGCAGUCCCUUCCGCCAGCUCCCCCCCAGCCCCAGGCCUUCGCCAACCGCUUCCCUCCCCCUGUGCGACAGCCCCUCUCCCCCUCUGCGGUUCAGAUCAGGCCUCCACCCACCACACCCAUCGCACAUUCCCACAAGCCCCCGCCUCAUGUCCCCAGUGCCACCCCUCCCUUCAUGCAAAUCCCCGCUAACCUGCCUCCGCCUCCGGCCCUGAAGCCCCUGGCCUCUCUGCCCACCCAGCACCCACCCUGCGCCCAGCCUCCGCCCUUGCAGAUCAUGCCCCAGCCACUGGCGCUGCAGACUCACCCCACACAGCCGCCCCUGCUGGCACAGUCACAGUGCCACCUCGUGAAAGCGGGCCACGGCCCUCCUGCGCCUCUCCCCCAUCACCCUUCUUUCCUCCCGCACAGGCCCCACCAUCCGGAUCUCUCCUCCAACUCGCCUUCGUUCUCUCUCUCCUCCGCCUCCCAGUGUUCCUCUGUGUCCAUCCCGGCUCUGCAGUCCGGGGCCCACGCCUCCUCUGCGGUCGGAGGCCCCAUGCCUUCUCUGCACAUGCAAAUCAAAGAGGAGCCGAUGGACGACUCCUUCGAGGACUGUGACAGUCCACCCCCUGUGCGUAGAAGCCCUUCGCCGGAGCCGACUGUGGUCAACACACCUAGCCACGCCAGCCAGUCAGCACGGUUUAUUAAGCUUCUUGAUCGGGGCUACAACUCCUGCUCUCGAACUGACCUGUGCUUCACUCCACUGGCCUCAUCCAAACUUGCCAAAAAACGAGAGGAGAACGAAAGGUCCAGAAAGGAGAGUGAACAGAAUGCCCGCCAGAGAGAAAAAGAGCGUGAGAGGGAGAGAGAGCGGAGAGAGGAGAGGGGAGAAAGGAACACUGACAAACUUUCUAGAGCCUCGAGCUCUUCCCAGGAUGGUCGUGUAAUAGAGUCCCCGGUGCCAGCCCAUGCCCAUGGGCACCACAUGCGCCCACACUUUGAGACCCCACCCCCCACCACAGUGGCUGCCGUACCCCCCUACAUUGGACCGGACACCCCUGCCCUGCGCACCCUCAGCGAGUAUGCCCGGCCUCACGUGAUGUCGCCCAACAACCGCAACCACCCCUUCUUCAUGCCCCUGGGCCCUGGCGAUCCCCUGCUGGCCUAUCCCAUGGCGGGCCUGUACUCCAACGACCCCGCCCUGCGGGAGCGCGAGCUCCGCGACCUGCGAGAGCGGGAGAUCCGCGAGCGCAUGAAGCCGGGCUUCGAGGUGAAGCCGCCUGAGCUCGAGGCUCCCGGCCUGCACGGCGCUUCCGCCAGCGCCAUGGAACAUUUCGCCCGGCACGGCACGCUGUCGCUCCCCCACAUGGCCGCCGCCGCCGUUGCCGCCGCCGCCGCGGCCGGAGCGCCGCACCCGUACGCCCAGUUCCACCCGAUGGUGGGGGCGGCGCUGGAGCGCGAGCGGCUGGAGCGCGAGCGCCUGCAGCGGCCCGAGAUGAGCUACGCCGAGCGGCUGACGCACGAGAGGCUCCACGCGGAGCGCAUGGCGUCUGUGGCCGCCAACGACCCCGUGGCGCGCCUGCAGAUGCUGAACGUGACGCCCCAUCACCACCAGCACUCUCACGUCCACUCACACCUGCACCUGCACCAGCAGGAAUCGCUCGCACAAGUAGGCUGUGCAUGUAUGUGUCUGCUAGGUGGGGGGCCCCAUCCUCUCGCUGACCAUCUGGCCGCCGGCCCGCAUCUCGGGCGCUUCCCAUACCCUCCAGGAUCCGUCCCCAACGCUCUCCUCAGCGAGUUGCCUCAUGAGCACGAAAUGCUGCGCCACCCACUGUUUGGUGUGGCGUACCCUCGAGAGCUGCAAGGCGCUCUGCCCCCCGCCAUGUCAGCCGCCCACCAGCUUCAGGCCAUGCAGGUGCAAUCGGCUGAGCUGCAGCGGCUGGCCCUGGAGCAGCAGUGGCUGCACGGGCACCACCACCUGCAUGGAGCGCCCCUCCCUGGCCAGGAGGACUACUACAGUCGUCUCAAGAAAGAGGGAGAUAAGCAGUCGUAACACGUGUGCUUAUGAACAUGCACAUGUUUGGUCCAGGUCAGUGUGUGGUAUGGCUUGGCAUGGUGUGUGAUCGAACACUGUUCGUCCUUGUCACUCCCCAAAGAAUGCAACACUUAUGAGAUCCUGUUUGUGAUGUCUGUGAUUUUGAAAAGGGUGCAAAAGACUGUAUGGUUUUUCCUUUAUGUUUUUUUACAUGUUUGAUCUAUAUUUUACUGUACAGUGCUAACCCCUAAAUCUUAGCCCUGCUUUAUUUUCCUUGCAUGAAUAUUACUCUCAGAUUUCAUAGAUAAGAAAUUAACUUUGUUAUCAUGUAAGAAGCACAGUAGAGAGAAAUGUAUUUAGAGUCAAAAAGGUGCUGUCGAUCUCCCUAAGUGUAACACUAUAGAAAGGUUUCUGCGUUUAUAGAAACCUCCUCUGUGUUGUGAAGACCAGAUUUUGAGAUUGUAAAUAAUAUAUGUACAAAAUAAUAUAUUAACUGAGGAAAUAUUAAAUAUGACUAAAUAUUACAAUGAUGGAUUUUUGAUAUAAACUCGUUCACCUGUGCGUAAACAUGGCAUGUCACAAAUACUGUAUUGUCUUCCCUUGCUCUUCCUGCUUUCUUCACUAUAUUUCUGAAAGCAAGCAUUUACCAUAGUAUUAAUACAUGUCCUUUCUUGUUCUUUCCACAUAAUGUGCUUUGAAAGUAGACACAGUUUGGAGAUGUGAAGUUUGGAAGAGGGCUGUUUAAUGCAUUACAAAUAAGAUUUAUUUGUCAUACCUAAUUUCUUGAUGCGUCAUAAUGUGAUCAAUAAAAUUUCAAACUUAAAACAA